UUGAUUUUCGUCUAUUUGUUUUGUUGUUUCACUCGAAGAUAUGAGAGAUGAUAUGAGAGCCAAAAUGAAAUCUUGGCACCACAAUUUGGAACAGAAGUGGCUGAGGAUUGAGACUCGAUCGUUGGGCCAUGGAUGGAAGGGUGGUGAGAUAGGUGUUGGUUUUGGGGAUGAUGAAUCAAAUACAAUUUUGAGGGGGAGGACUUGGAUCGAACCCGAAAAAUCUUCAGCUCACUCUUGGCUACGAAAUCUCGAAAUCAUCCAGCAGUGGUGGCCGUUCGACAAAGAUCUCCUUCGUCAGUUCGAUUUCUUGGAUGAACAAGGAACGUGGAUCAUAAUCUACAAUAUCCGGGAAGACGACGAGGGAUCGCCUGAAUUAGAUUUCGACACAGUUGAACACAUUUUAUCGUCGGUACGCCGUCCAGGUAGAAACGACAGCAGAGGAGUCGUCGGUAUGCUGUCCAUCCCUAUCGUUGGGUCGAACACAUUUUAUCAUCGGUCAUGUUAACAUUGGUCGUCUUUCAGGUGUCAUCGAAGCGAACUUUGUCGAGCCGGCGCACGAUAAACAGGGAUUCGUGCGAACGACUGCCCGGUCUCGGCUUGAGUCGAGACUUAUGUCCAACCAGAAAAACUACUGGUUUCUCACCUUGCUCAAAGUUCACUUUGAUUCUGUUCAAACUGCCGGUUUCGAUUUUUAUGGUCGAUUUUUACGCUUUCUGCAGGUCCCUAAAUUGUCAUCUCAUCAGCUAUGCUCAGCGGCACGGACCUGAGAAAUGUGCUUCACCCGAGCCAGCUAUCAAAUUUCUUCAUUCAUUUGAGUGGACUGAUCGACGCUGGAUUUGGAGAGAAGACAUCUUUCUUGUUCGGACCUGUGUUGAUGGUGACAGAUUUAGGAGGGCUAACAAUUUUCGUAAACCCUACGGAUUGACUCAUCCAAUUAAGAAAAAAAAAAAGGAUAACAUGCCAGGACGGAUGAGCCUUUUUCUCGGACGGACCUCAAGUAUUGCCUCGAGGAACCCCACGAAGCUGUUUGGAUUGAUGCACCGGAAGAUGAUUCUGUUCUUGAGGGAUCUUCUUAGCUAGUAGGUAACAAGUUGUAAUUUUGUGGGAUCAUAGUCAUUGUUUGUACUUAAUUCAACAUUGGAAAGGAGGGUACAUUCUAAGUUCAAUAGGGUUUUGAUUUUUCAUAGUCGACCUACAGAUUGUAAGUAUUUUGUUUGUCCAAAGCACACCAAUUACGCAAAGGGGGCAUUGAUUUUCCGAUUGAUUGACACUUGCAAGUAUGGAUUUGAAUUGUUUCUAACCUCAAUAUUUAUAUAUAUUCUCAUGGGUAAAAUGAUUCAUGUGCGCAAAUGAGACAUCCUAAAUUUUGUAUUCACUGGCUAAGUUAAUUUGCUUGAUUGGUAAGUAAGUUAUGGAUGAUUUUCGCAAGUGCUUUUGUGUGGAUAUGCAUAAGAAAAAAAGCUUCGGCUAAAUGUGUUUUAUAUGUUUGAGUGUGUGGUUUAAUCUACCAAUAGUACUCAUUCCUAUGAUUCU